UCGUACAAAGAGUAUGUUAUUAAAUAAAGGGAGACACAUAAAAGGCAAAACCGUAUUGACUGUUGUUACAAUUGUCAAUAACCCUUAUACCAUUUUUGUUCUCACUGUGCUCAUCUCUCUCUCUCCUUUAUAUAUAUAUAUAUCAUGAAAGUAGUUCAUUUACUAAUUCAUGUUAUCACAUAGGCCAUUUCAAUUCCAUGCGGUCCUUCAUUCUCCUACAGCCAUGAUGAAGAAAGAAGAUCAGAGACCAAUUACCUAUCUGAACCGUGGACAGUCGUACCUUUUGGAACUUUCGGCAUCAAAUCAGCAACGUGGUACCUUGACGAGUACGAUCUCGAUUGCAUUCCACGAAUCCAGUCACCGACGUGUAGCGGCGAGCUAUUGGAGAUUUUGGAUGAGUCAACAGAUGAAUCCUGAGUCAGCAAGAGCGAUCGGUUUAGACGAAAAUCAGACCACUGGUAUCUAUAAUAUCACCUAUCCUUCUUUUGACAAGGUCACCUUUGACUGGCAUGGUCGCUUUGGAGCCAAGGUCUAUAUUCGCUUUCAUUGCCUGUCAACAGACUUUUCGAGAAUUAAGGGAGUCAAAGGCAUCCCCUUACGAGCUGUAGUCAAGACAGUGACGAGAUACGACCAUUUACCUGAUAAUACAUCUUCUUAUUCAGGCUCAUUUUCUAAAAUUCAACACAAAAGUAAUGAUUCAACAGAAGGAAGAUAUGAAUAUACUGAGAGAUGUUAUUGCCAAAUCAAACUCUUUAGAGAUAAGGGUGCAGAACGAAAGAAUAAAGAUGAUAGCAAACAGAUCAAUAAACAAAUGGAAAAAGCUAUAGCCCUUACACUAGGACACCCUGAACAGCACCCUCUGUGGCCAAUUAUCAAUCAGCCUUACAAACCUGUGACAGUGUUGAAUGAGGUGCCUACAUCUCCUGAUAUCGAACUACAUGACGAUUUUCAACAGGAUAUAGCCAGCCCUUCCGUCUUAUACCCAUGCGCCAUCAUAGAAAACGCCUCCCCCGAACAAGAAGAACCUAUGCCCAGUACUACAAGUAGCAGUAGCAGCAGCAGAAAAAAAAGAAAACAAAUGGACGCACUUGAAAGCGUACAAGAAAUGACUGUCGGCCUAUCUUCGCCACAAUUUAUCGAACCCUCUUCACAUUUGCUAAAAAAGCAUCGAGCAGUAGCAGAUACACUCAGCUUUUAUGUAUGGUCCAAGCGGCAAUUUCCUUCAAGUGGACCCAAUCGAGUAACUCUUGAAUCUCUAACAGCAGAAGAACUAAAACUCAAGUUAGCCACCAUUCUUUCCCUUCACCCAUCAAGAGUCUCAGAAAUACUAUGGAAAAGAAAGAAGCCAGAGAUACUUUGUGGAAGAGAAGAAAGCGAAAAGAAGGAUAAUGAUAUGCUUGUAUUAGUAGAAGAUAACUUUGUAGCAGAACAUAUAUCUGAUGAAGAGAUCAUUUGUGUAGACUGGGAAAUUAAGUCUGAUAGCUAUGUCAGGCUCAUACUUGAAUUUUAAAUCAGAGAAAAAAAAAGAAAUGUUAUACUUUUUAUGGCCUUUUUUAUAUAUAAUUCUAUUACUUUAUAUGUCACAUUUUUAUAUUGUUCAAGUAUUGUUGUUGCUCUUUCUUUACUUCCCAUUUUAUGCAUUCACUUUUUUAUUAUGUAAAUAUUCUUUCUUUCUUACUUUUCUCUUCCAGCCUUUCAAAGUUUCUUCAUUAUUAUCGUAAAUUUUAUUAUAAUAAACAGGGA